GACUGAGCAGCAGCGGAGAGGGCGUAUGUCAGCUGGAUCAGCAAGAGAGAGCAGCCAGAGCAGAGCAGGAGAGAGGGAGCCACAGCACAGCACAGUGAGAGAGUGUGUGUGUAUGAGCGCGCCUGCCUGCCUGCCUUCCUGCUAGCCUGCCUGACUGUGUGAGUGUGUGUGUGUGUGUGUGUGAGAGGGAGGGAGAGUCAGUAAGCGUGUGGAUACUACUCCACCAGACUGCAUGUCUCUGGCGACACUAGGGGAGCAGCACACACAUUACAGAGGCAGACCCUCAAACAGGAUGUACCACUGACUAGAACCAUUCAACGUUGGUCUGACCAUUCGGAAUCCACGCUUCAACAUUGUUUUGAUCACCCGGACUGGGAUAUGUUCUGGUCAGCCUCAGAGAACAACAUUGAUCUAUACGCUGACUCGAGUAGAGCUGAACCAGAGUUCUGACAGAACUGCAGGCCAGGAGGACACCAGGACAGUGUGCGGCGGAGUGAGCAGACAAGACAGACAGACAGACUACACAAGGCCUAGCUCAGAAGCCCUAUCAUGGCGUCCAACAACACAGCAAGCAUCGCCCAGGCCAGGAAACUGGUAGAGCAGCUGAAGAUGGAGGCCAACAUCGACAGGAUAAAGGUGUCCAAAGCAGCAGCAGACUUAAUGUCAUACUGCGAAGCCCAUGCCAAAGAGGACCCGCUCCUGUCGCCGGUGCCCGCAUCCGAAAACCCUUUUAGGGAGAAGAAGUUCUUCUGUGCCAUCCUGUAAACAGGAUGUGGUUUCUUUGGUCUGCUCAUCUUGGGACAUGAACGAGGACGUUCAAUAUGUAGACAUCUUCUAACAGGAGGGCUUGGUGAAGUACUAGUGCCCCUUUCUCUACAAUGGCACCUAAAGAGUGCAAUUAAAAACCACAGAGUAACACGUUACCAUUUACAGAGGUUAAGGGGUGUGCAGCAUGUUUGAUGGAUCCAUCUGUGUAGUCAGAUUACAACAGAAGAUAAGUGUGGUUAUCCACCCAAAAACAUGAUGGACAACCAAUCAACCAAGUCUUCAGGUUGUGUUGGGUUUUUAAAAAUGAAGGAAAAAACAACAACAAAAUAUUGUGUGGUUCUUUUGGAACUUGAAAUCCAAGUGUUAUGUUCAAUGGUUUGUGGUGGGCUGGGUAGGGUAGGUGUGCUGGCUAACUGAGCUGCUUACCACGAGAUAUUACCACCUGUGUAUCUGAAUGUUUUUAUUUUUGUUGUUUAUUUUAUGUUGAUUUUGAUUCUGAGGUUCAUUGGUUUGGCUAUAUCACUUAGAUAUCUUUGUAUUAUUGUACAGUACCAGUCAAAGGUUUGGACACGCCUACUCAUUCAAGGGUUUGUAUUUAUUUUUAAUAUUUUCUACAUUGUAGAAUAAUAGUGAAGACAUGAAAACUAUGAAAUAACACAAAUGGAAUCAUGUAGUAACCAAAAAAAGGGUUGAACAAAUCAAAAUAUAUUUUAUAUUUGAGAUUCUUCAAAGUAGCCACCCUUUGCCUUGAUGACAGCUUUGCACACGCUUGGCAUUCUCUCAACCAGCUUCACCUGGAAUGCUUUUCAAACAGUCUUGAAGGAGUUCCCAAAUAUGCUGAGCUGCUUUUCCUUCCCCAAAGCAAGUCUCUUCUUCUUAUUGGUGUUCUUUAGUAGUGAUUUCUUUGCAGCAAUUCGACCAUGAAGGCCUGAUUCACGUAGUCUCCUCUGAACAGUUGAUGUUGAGCUGUGUCUGUUACUUAAACUCUGUGCAUGUAUUAGGGCUCCAAUUUCUGAGGACGGUAACUCUAAUGAACUUAUCCUCUGCAGCAGAGGUAACUCUGGGUCUUCCUUUCCUGUGGCGGUCCUCAUGAGAGCCAGUUUCAUCGUAGCGCUUGAUGGUUUUUGUGACUGCACUUGAAGAAACUUUCAAAGUUCUUAAAAUGUCCCGGAUUGACUGACCUUCAUGUCUUAAAGUAAUGAUGGACUGUCAUUUCUUUUUGCUUAUUUGAGCUGUUCUUGCCAUAAUAUGGACUUGGUCAUUUACCGAAUAGGGCUACCCCCCUACCUUGUUAUAACACAACUGAUUGGCUCAAACUCUUUAAGAAGGAAAGAAAUUCCACAAAUUAACUUUUAACAAGGCACACCUGCCAAUUGAAAUGCAUUCCAGGUGACUACCUCAUGAUGUUGGUUGAGAGAAUGCCAAGAGUGUGCAAAGCUGUCAUCAAGGCAAAGUGUGGCUACUUUGAAGAAUCUCAAAUAUAAAAUAUAUUUUGAUUUGUUUAACCCUUUUAUGUUACCAUGUGAUUCCAUAUAUGUUAUUUCAUAGUUUAGAUGUCUUCACUAUUAUUUUACAAAGUAGAAAAUAGUAAAAAUAAAGACAAACUAGAAUGAGUAUGUGUGUCCAAACUUUUGACUGGUACUGUAUGUGAUUACUGAAACGGCUGUUUAAACUUUUCUUUUUUUACAUCCGAGUUGGUGAAAGCUUUUUAAUGGAAAGUUUGAACAUUCAAUUCAGUGAUAUUCUUUACAGACAUGUUUCUUUAAUUAAACCUCUGAGAAUAGUUUUUUCUUCAGUAUCUAAACAUAUAUCUGGCAAUGUGAUACGGUAUUUGUUUCCUUCAGAUACAAGCUCUCUUUUUACUAUUUGUAUAAAAAUGCUAGCAAGUAAACUGUGUUGUGCUGUGCGUUCUGAAUGUUUGUGUUGAUAUCAUUAAUAAUUGCAUGAAAUUAUCAAACAACAAUGUUUUCUUUUGUUUUGAUGUAGAGAUUGUAUGAACAAGGCAGCCCUCCGUCUGGUAGUGCCAACUGUAUUAAAAUGAUAACAAUGAUUCAA